AUGAAGUACUCCUACGUUCUUCUGGCUACUGCCGGCCUGGCCGUCGCACAGCAAAAGUUCACCGACGUGAUCCCCAAGUGCUCCGUCGAGUGCCUCACCAAGGCUGUGAAGGACGGUACCAAGUGCAGCAGCAUCGACGACUCGGCCUGCAUCUGCGAGGCCACCAAUUACCGCAACAUCUACACCGUCGGUACCCCUUGCGUUCUCCAAGCCUGCAGCAGUGAAGUCGCUACUGGCGAGCUCCUCCCGGCGGCUGGGAAGUUUUGUCGCGAGGUCACGAAUGGCGCCUCCGCCCCUCCAGUAGAGUCUGCCUCUGCCUCUGCCUCCGCCAUCACUUCCGGCGCCGUCACUUCUGCUUCUGCCACCUCUAUUCCUACCGCCAGUGCUUCCGGCACUGUUGCUGGCGGUGCCGCCACCACCACUGUCCAGCCCGCCGCUGCGGCUGCCAUGGGCUCGAUAGGCGCGUUCGGGAUGCUUGUCUUUGGUGCUCUCGCUGCCUUUUAA